ACAGCCGUCACCCUGCCAUCCUUUAAUUUGAGCUCAGCCUCCGUGGGGUUCACACGCGCUAAAGGGGGGGUCGUCUCAUCGCCAAACCUUUGUAAGGGAGAAGGAGAUCGGACCGGAUUUGCGCCUCUUUUCUUUUAGGGGGAAAGCUCUCGCCUAUCCCAGAGCUGGAUUUUUAAAUCUCAAAAAACUCAUUGAGGGUUUUCUUUUUCGAUUUUCUUUUUUUUUGUUCUUAAAGGAAAGAAAGGAAAAAAAUGGGAGCCCAGUUGUCCAAGGGUGGAGUGGCUGUUGAGGGGAAAGCCGCCGCCGACCCUGCUGCUGCGAAAGCCAACGGGCAGGAGAACGGCCAUGUCAAAACCAAUGGUGACGUUUCAGCCAAGCCCGACGGGGAAGUGGCGGCCGCAGAUGGAAACGGAACGGCCGAGCCGGCCAAGGAGGGCGAGACCAGCGCCGGGGACGCCAUCGAGCCCGCUCCUGCGGCCGAGGGCGAGGCCGCCAAAGCGGAGGGCGAGGCUGCCAAGGAGGGCAAGAAGAAGAAGAAGUUCUCGCUGAAGAACUCCUUCAAGUUUAAGGGCAUCUCGCUGAAGAAGAACAAGAAGGGCAGCGAGGAGGGCAAGGAGGAGGCCACCUCCCCCACGACCGAGGACAAGCCCGAGGAGAACGGCCAUGCGGCCAAGGAAACCAAAGAGGAGACGCCGGCCGCCGAGGCCAAAGAGGGCGAGGCCGCUGAGGCUGCUCCUGCACCCGAGGGAGAGGCCAAGGCCGAGGAGGAGGCCCCACCGACAGAGGAUGCCCCGGCCGAGGAGGCCCCCGCCGAGGGCACGACACCCGCAGCCUCCGAGGGCGAGGCCAAGGCAGAGUGACUGCACUCCAGCACGGCACCUGAACUGAUUUUCCAAGAUUAAAGUAUAUAAAAAUAUAUAUGAGAGACUUGUGCCACGUUCUUAAAGUUAUAAACAAAACUACAAAAGAAGACAAAGGAUAUAUCACGUUUGCUGAUUCAACCACCAGUUCACUGCCUUUUAUUAGUUCUUCGACAGACGGAAACUCACCGGGCCCUCUCAUGAUGAAAGCGUUGGCUGGUGUCGCCCCCUCAUGGUACACACAGGGACUGGCGUGCAGCGAAGGUAAUGGAUUGGAUGUGGAGCGAAUCAGGAAUACUGACUUAUUUUCCCAAUUCAUGGAGAAGCAUCCUUUAAAACAGCGUGGCAGCCCUAUAACAUCUUAUUUUUCUUUCUCAUCUUUUUGGGAUCUAAAAAUUGUCACCGUUGGCAGAGCGGGGCAGACCAUCUCCUUCACUCGAAAUGACUGAUAUACGGACACACAAACCUUUCAGAUCAUCUUAUUAAUUUUUAGAAUUCUACAUUCCUAUGUUUUACCCCCAAAUUUCAAGUAUUUUGUCAUGUAUAGAGAGGAGAACAUCGAGGAGGGGAAGUGGAAAAAGAUGUCUUUGUUCGUGCAUUUUGAUUCUUUUUCUGGCUAAAACCACAUUCGAGCUUCUUGAGUGUUGCAGUGUUCACAUUUCAGAAUUUAUGACGCAGGGUUUGGGAUUGUGUAAAAAAAAAAAAAAAUGUGAGCUUUUUAUCUGCAAACUGUCUCUGUAAAUAUGUUUUGGCCAAUAUUUUUGGUUCUCUUUAUUUUGCUAUCGUUUGAAGAUGUUAAUGGUUUUAUUGUAACUUUUAAUAAGGGUAAAUAAAUGUUCGAUCCCCUC